ACGCUGAGAAACGCAAUCGGCUCUUGGAGAUCGCCAAAGAUCCCAGGGCCUCGUACGAGGACCAGCUUGAGGCGCGUCAAGAGUUGGCCAAGCUGCCCCUCAACGCGAAUCCGAAUCGCGUCCGCAACCGCUGCGAGGUCACUGGCCGCCCCCGCGGGUAUCUGCGCCACUUCGGCCUGUCCCGCAUCACCUUCCGCGAGAUGGCCCUCAAGGGUAUGCUCCCCGGCGUCCGCAAGGCAAGCUGGUAGCGCAACCUUCUACCGGAGCGUUCUGCCGGUCUCUUCCCCGCCGGGGGAGGGAUACAGAGAGGGGACGUGA